AAUUUUAGAGAUACUAUCGAGCCUUCCGUUACAGAUUGCUUUAUAUUACAAUAUAUGCAUUGCACCCUUCUGGUUUUCUUACUUAACCCUAACAUACAAAUUGAUCGUAAGUACGACCUGUGUAGUUGCAAUAUUAAUUGAAUUCAUAAGGCUUUAUCUUGGAUAUUAUGGAAAUCUCGCAGAAAAGGUUCCAGCAUUGUCGGGUUUCUGGAUUACAACUCUCGUACUGCAAACGCCGAUUGAAAUAUUUCUGUUUUUUAGUCAAAAUGUUAUUCCUCUUCCAUUAGAGCGAAUUAUGUAUAUUAUUCAUCUAAUUUUUCUUUUUUUUGAGGUAAUUUAUAUUAUUUGUAUUCUUUUUUAUCCACAGUUUUGUCAAAACAGUUCUUUCUUAUAG